UGAAUAAAACAAAUUCUAUGGCGCACGAUGAGAAAACACGAGUUACGCCGAUCUUAUUGACGUGGCUGGCUACAUGGAGUCGGCUGACCGGUUGGAGCUUCGGAGUGCGAGCACGUUGGAGGUUGUGGCGCACUUUUGAACUCCGAGUCCGAACAGUUGCGGGUGGUUGGUUACAGUGAAGCUGCUGUGAAAGAAGCUGACUUACACAAGAUGAAUAACAUCAUUUUCGUUCUCGCAUUAGCGAGCAUAAUUUCCGUAGCUCUUACAGAGACCUGUCAGAAACCCGAGGUUGUAGCCUCGGCAUAUGUAACGGAAGACGCGACGGUCCUCACGAACGUUGCUUUCACCACGCAAUUCAUAUUGAAGUGCAAUAACGGGGUAAAAGGGAUUAGUCUGUACGCGGAAGUCGAGGGAAAGGCGUUGCCGGCAGUCAGACUGAGCGCUGACAAUAAAUAUCAGGUGUCCUGGACAGAAGACAUCAAGAAGGCGAGAUCCGGUGAUUACAACAUAAAAUUGUACGACGAGGAGAAAUACGCAGCUGUUCGCAAAGCCAUAAGAAAUGGAGAAGAUCCUGACAGCGUUAAGCCUCUGGUGGUGGUUGUUCUCAAUAAUCCAGGAGUAUACCUGGGCCCUUGGGUAAAUUCCGAACUCCUAGCUGCUUUCUUGGUCGCUCUUGUAUCUUACAUGGCGUUUUCUGCAAAAUACAAACUCCUAGCUUAAGAAAAUCCUUUUGUUACUAGCAAAUAAAUUGAAAUUAAAUUUAUAGUAA